AUGAAAAUUGCCUUCUUCUCUACCCACAGUUACGAUAUUGAAUCAAUUGAACGCGCUGCCAAGGAGGAUAGAGUUACACCCGAACAUAAACUCAAGUUCUUCAGCUCACGGCUGGAUACGAACGCUGCCAAAUUGGCUGAAGGUUGCGAGGGUGUGUGCAUUUUCGUUAAUGAUAUUGCCGACGAAACUGUCUUGCGCAUGCUGGCUUCUGGUGGUACAAAAGUCAUGUUUCUGCGUUGUGCAGGCUUUGAUAUGAUUGACUUGAAGGUUGCCAAAGAGCUCGACAUGCCAGUCAUUCGUGUCCCUGCCUACUCGCCGCACUCUGUUGCUGAAUAUGCUGCAGCAUUGAUGAUGACGCUGAACCGCAAGAUCCAUCGCUCGUAUAAUCGUACGCGCGAGCUAAACUUCCGCUUGGAGGGUCUAUUAGGCUUUGAUAUUAAUAAAAGGACCAUUGGAGUCGUCGGUACGGGCAAGAUUGGUGCUCUGUUUGCACGUAUUGCUACAGGUUUCGGUUGCAAGGUUCUUGCCUAUGAUGUAAAGCAGAGCACGGAAGCUCUGAGUUGUGGGGUCGAAUACGUCAGUUUGGAUGAGAUAUGGUCGCGUUCGGAUAUCAUCUCACUGCACUGUCCGCUGCUUCCGUCAACCAAGCACGUGAUCAACGCAGCUAGUAUCUCAAAGAUGAAAGAUGGUGUCAUGAUUAUUAACACGAGUCGCGGUGGUCUUAUCAACACCAAAGCUCUCGUGAACGGCCUGAAAAGCUGCAAGAUCGGUUCAGUGGGCUUGGACGUGUUUGAGGGUGAGGGUGAAUACUUUUACUCGGAUCAAUCAUGUCGUAUCAUUGCCGAUGAGAAUCUUGCUCGUUUGUUUACAUUCCCGAACGUGAUUAUCACUGGCCACCAGGCUUUUUUCACACAGGAAGCAUUGGCAAACAUUAGUCACACCACAAUGGACAAUAUCAAGGCGUACGAUGCGAAAAAAGAGCUUGUGAACGAGAUCAAGUAG